CAGUGGAAAAAAACAGCUGAUUUAGAAAUGACAAGUGCAGACGAUCAACACACGUCCUGUCGUUUGCAUCGCUUAGUUUAGUUCAUUAGUGCUAGGUGUUAAUUUGGACGACUAAUUUGUUUUGCAAUUUACAUUAUUUUCAUUUGUAAAUAACAAAUGGAGUUCGAAUCUCGGGACAGUUGUUGUCAUUUGAUUGAUCAAAAUUCAAUCAACAAGACAAAGGUGGACAAACUUUUGCAGAAACUAAAGUAUUUGAUAUUCAGUGAUGUGGAAAAGAAUGAACAGAAAGGAAUAUUUGAAAGAGACACUGUGAAGACUUGUCAUCAUAAUGAAAUCCCAGAAGUUACAACAGAAAAUUAUGGCAGCAUCGACUCUCUGUCAUCGUUAGACGUAAAACAGUGUAGCCUCCUGAUUCAAAGACUUCAGCAAACUCUUAGAGAAGUUCGUGAACAGCAAUUAAAAUGUGAAAUAUUGGUGCCAUGUGGACUUAUAAAGAAAGUAGCGCAGGACAUAGUGUCAAUGUCAUAUUGUGAGCCAUGUGGACUUAGAGGGUGUACUUUGUAUAUAAAUCUGGAAGAGAAGCAGCAGUGUAAACGUUUAGCCAAGUUAUCUUAUGAUCCAAAUACAGUUGAUACUUUUGAAUUGCAUCUUACACUGAAGGAAGAGACAAGACGUUGGUGCUUCUUCAAAAAACUUUUUAUAUCUCUUAGUGGUUGUAUGAAAGAAAUUACAUGGAGUUCAUCAUGGAAACUCUUGUGUUCAUCUUACGGCUUGGAAAAGAAAAAACUGUACAGAAAAAACUAGAUUAAUAGAACCAUUUUCUGUAUUGAUAUAAUAUUGAGUUGUGUUGUGUUCAAUUUUAUAACAACAGUCAGCAAUUGAAGAUGUCAGAAUAAUAUCCAGUGUACAUGUAAAUUUCAAUUUUAUUAAUUAUUGAUUUUUUUUUUCAUCUCUAAAUUUUUAUGUAUUAGUUAUCUAAAUCUGAUUUACAGAAUUAAUCAGUUAAAAAUCUCAGUCAUCUCAUAGAUGAAAAAGCUUUUUCUGAAAGAAUAAAAUUCAUAGAGCAAUUUUGAUCAAUUUCAUGAACACAUUUUUAUAUAAAUAUAUUGACAUAUAUAAUAUGAAGGAUCUCGUGACAUUAGGGUUUAGUGCAAUUUUUUAGAAUUCUAGCUGUCAUGUGAUAGAUUGGUAAGGUCAGUAAAUCAUUUUCAUCACUUGAGGAGGACUGAGUGCAAAUGUGGUUGAUGAGAGAGCUUUACCUUCAUUUUCUGUGGUUGUUUAGAGAAGUUCACCUUCAUUUUCUGUGUUUGAACAUUGACAUGUUUUCCCAAUAUACAUGUACACAUUUUUUGGGGAUAUGUAUGAUAUUAAAAAGAUUUAAAACAAAGUGAUUAAAAAAGAGUGCUUAUUUUCUGUUACAUUCCAGUUGUAUAUACAUGUAAUGUAUAUUUUUACCUUAUCAAAUAAAAUGUUUCAUUUGUUUAUAGUCCUUUCCAAAAAAGAAAUACUUGAAAUCAUAAUUUAAAGAAAUCCAAGUUUGAUAAUUUUAAAUUAAAAACGUAAAAAAUAAUUUUAAUUUGAAAAAUGCAUUUUCUUUAUAUAGUGCUGGUAAAAUGAUAAAAUGGUGCAAAAUUAGCAGAAUAAGCCUUCAAAUUUUUGCUAAAUUAUAUGCCAGAUUUUCUAACAUAUUCUGAGAUGUACACCUCUUUUAGAAAAGGCUUAUGUGUUAAAUAAUGGAAAAUUCUGCACACAAUUUACUGUAGAAAUAGAUUUUAAGAAUUUCAUAUUCAUAAAUGUCAUGUCCUGUUUUUUUUAUGUUUUUUACAUUAAAAUGUAUGCACCAUUCAUUUUAGAAAUACUGCCACUUAUGAGUUUUCUUGAACUUAAAAAAGACGGUCGUAUACAAAUUCAAGGUACAUAUGUUUGUUUUAUGCUCUUUGUAAGAGCAAUGUUUAUUUUUGAAAACACGAAAUUCUUACAGUAUGGAUGAAGUGAGCAAGAUGUUUCAAAAUUGAAAAAACCAUAGUUAUUCUAUGUAUACGAAAAAAAUCAUUGAAAUAAUGUAUGCUAAAGUGCUUUCAUGUCAGUUAAAAUGCUUUUGUUAAAUAUUUGACCACAUGACAUGUUUAAUAUACAUUGAACAGUUACGACACAUGUAGUUCAUUCAAAAUAGAUGCUAGGAAAAUGUAAACGUUUGUAAACAUGUGUUUCAGUGUUGCUAGUCAAAACCUCACCAUUGCUAAUAUUGAAUUGAUAUUUUAUAAUGUUUGUGUUGAGAACUUUAGUAUUAUGUAGUCUUGUACAUAUGGGCAAAUCUGUCUUAUAUGUAAAGCAUUUGUUUUCUGACUUGUCAGAACUUGUGAUAGAAACUGGAAUCCAUUCUGUUUAAUAAAUUUAUUUUUAAAAAGAAAA